GCCUCCUGGGAAUGGUCGCACACAUGAUGUAUACACAGGUGUUCCAGGUCACUGUGAGCCUCGGCCCUGAAGACUGGAGACCUCAUUCCUGGGACUAUGGGUGGUCCUUCUGCUUGGCCUGGGGUUCGUUUACCUGCUGCAUGGCGGCGUCUGUCACUACGCUCAACUCCUACACCAAGACAGUCAUUGAGUUCCGGCACAAGCGCAAGGUUUUUGAGCAGGGCUACCGGGAGGAGCCGACCUUCAUAGACCCCGAGGCCAUCAAGUACUUCCGGGAGAGAUGCCAAGUUGAGGCACAGAGAUCUUCAGUGAUUUGCCCAAGGCUACACAGCUGGAUUGAGAAGGGGGAUGUGAGUGAAGAAGAAGACUUCCGCCUCGCCUGCCGCCACGAGAGAUACCCUACCCGGCACCAGCCACAUAUGGGAGACUCCUGGCCACGGAGCUCAGCUCAUGAGGCAGCAGAGUUAAAUCGCCAGUGCUGGGUCCUGGGGCACUGGGUGUGA